GAACUUGAGAGUGUGCGGGCACGACCUACUGUCGUGGUGCGGGAUGGUGCGGGGUCUGCUGACAAUUCGAAACAUGGCGCGUAUGCGUUUGGUGACGGGCAUGUCGCCCCGCUUUUCUAUUUUCGUAGUGUUGUGCGCCGCAGAAGCGGCAAGGUUGGACAUGACUCGAAUUUUGCUACCUUACCGCCACGAAGCUGCCAGCAACUGCACCCUGAGCCUUCUAGAAACGGACGAAAGUAAUUGCUACGAAUGGAAGUCGAGCCGGCCUGAUGUGGCUGCAGUGUCCACUGGAGGUCCCUGCUCCCAGCAGGCCAGCGUGUCUGCCGUGUGGGGCCAGGCCAGCCGCCAGGAAGCCACUGUGGUGGCACGUGAGCCACGCACGGGUGAGGCAUUGCACUGUGCUGUGGUUGUUGACCAAUUGGCUUCCCUCAAGCUGGUUGGUGCCACACAGAUUCUGCUGGAGGACUCGCCACAGCUGCUCCAGGUGACUGGACAGGAUCGACAAGGAAAUACCUUCUCCUCCCUGGAUGGCAUCUCUUUUGACUGGAGCCUGCAGCAGCAGGAGCCUGUGCUCAGGUUUGUGUGGGAAUGGCCACAUGGGCCAGCUGGUGUGAAACUGCGUGGCCAGCACGGAUGGGCGGUCCUUGUCCAGGGCCAAGCAGUGGGCACGGCACGGCUGUCUGUGCAGCCCGCCCAUGCAGCCUAUGCACAUGUAGUGCCCCAACAGCUGGAGCUGCGUGUGGUGGACAGUGUACGAAUCAAGCCAUCGGUCGUCUUCCUGCUCAUUGGCUGCCAGGCGUGCUUCAGUCUUGAGCAGGAACAUGGUGUGAGCACUGCAGUGGCAUCUGGGCAGAAAUAUUCCCUGCGCACGGAGGAUGACCGGGUGGCUCGUGUGGAAGGGACAUGUGCCUGGGCCCAAGGGCUUGGUCACACCCGGCUGCUGCUUGCCGAUGCCUCUUCGUCCAUCAAUCUGCGGACUGCUGAUGUGCACGUAGUCAGACCAAGCUACCUUCGUUUGUUUGUGUCCCCAGGGAAGUCCUGGGUGCUGGAGCGCCAGGGCAUAUACCAGGUCCUGGUGCUGCUUUUUGAUGAGCACCACCACCAGGUUCACGCUGGCAAGGGCCUGCAGGUUCAUGUCCACCUACCAGCCGAGUAUUUUGACGUGCUCAGCUCCACAGAGAAUGGCACCCUCCACCAGGUGCGCCCACUCCGGACGGGAAGGACAGUGAUUAGGGCAGAGCUGCAGGGGUGCCAGCGACUGGAUGGUGCACUGUUGCGUGCCACGUCAUCAGGAGAACAGGAGGUCUCCAUUGAGGAGCCGCUGUCAGUGCAGCCUGAAACAGUAUGGCUUCCUUGGGACCCAGAAAAAGAGCCAGUGUACACAUUGCGCGCCCAUGCUCAGGGGGGCAGUGGAGCCCCAGUGCAUUGGCAGCUAGAGGCAGCACCAGUGUGGGCGGAUGUCGAGGCCGCAGGCACUGUGGCCACGCUGGUGACAAGAGGUGGACCUGGCCAAGUUCGUCUGGUGGCACACGAUGGCCACUUUGCCCCAGCCAGUAUGCAGGUGUCACUUGCCCCCAUCGUAGAACUGGAGGCCCUGGGCUCACCAGUGCUCGAAGCCGAGUUGCCUGAUGGAGAGUUGCUGGUGGCUGUGGCCAUGUAUGGGCGUCAUCCCAACGACCAGCAGCUGAGGCCAUUUGAUGACUGCAGCCAGGUGUCGCUUGCCGUGGAACUUGUGGACAAGCGCAUCAUCAAGCACCUCCCAGGCUCAGGGGGGCCCCCCGUGAGAAGUGGCUGCACCAGCGUGCGGCUGCAGUGCCAGGCGGCUGGGCACACACGCCUGCACCUGAGCCAUGGGCUACUGCGAUCCACUGUGCUGCUCGGCUGCUACAAGCACUUGAGGGCGGUGCACCCAGCCAAUGCAGUGGCAGUCGCCUACGGGGCACUCAAGGAGGUGGCUUUCGAGGGGGGCCCCCGGCCGUGGCCUAUGCUUCCUGCAGGAUACCAAGUGCAGUUGUCUCCGAACAUGGCUGACAUCGUGAGCGUCAUGCGCAUUGUGGACCCCCAUCGCAGAAAUAGAGACCUGCACGUGUUCCAGGUGCUGUGCCAGGCAAUAGGGGAGUUGGUUCUCAAGCUGUCUGUGGGCAACAAUGUCUCAGCCAGUCUCCCGAGCCCAGCCUCCAGCACAGUCAGCAUCAGGUUUGCAUGUGUGACACCUUCAACAGUGGAACUUCGACUCAGCUCAUCUGCAUCUAAUAACCAGGUUGUGAGCAAUGGGGGUCCCAUUGAGCUGGAACUCGUCGUGCGAGAAGCCGGUGGCCGUCGACUGGCCAAUGUCAGCUCACUGGAUGUGUUGUGGGAGCUGUCGGACUACAGGCUAGCCCUACUAGACAGCCACAGAGACGUCACCAGCCAUGUGGAUGGCUCGGCUGGAUACCGCCGCACUUCUAAGGACUUCAAGGUGUUGCGGCCCCUCGGGAAGGUCGGCAUACUCACGGUGACAGCCAAGGUGCGUGGAUUCAGUGCCCAGGUGCUUCGCCAGGCAGCCCUGCCCAAACAACAGGUGCCACUGGUGAGUGGCUCACUGCAGCUGGAGCUGGUGGAUGGCCUGUCAGCAACGGAGAGUGCCCAUCAGGAGCUGUAGUUGACCAGCCAUGUCACCCCCUAACUGGUGGUGGUCCUUUACUAAUGGGGUUUGAUAGAUGGCAAUAAAGCCAACCUGGCAUGGCUACCACCCGCCUCUAUUUACAGAGCAAGUGUCAGCUGAACUGUCGGCAACAGUAAGGACACUCCCAUAUUUAUGUCAAAUGGCAGAAUAAUAAAUAUUAUAGCAAAGGAUAAUAAAUAUUAUAGCAAAAGAACAAAAAAGACAACGACAGCUGUAUAGACUUGUUAAAUGCACAAGCGAUUGUAAUGUAGCAGACAGGUUACGUUUGUGAAAAACUGCUUAACAGAACUGGCUGUACACAGAAAUGUUGAAGAGAUAGUGUAGUAUGAGUACUUGGCUCUGUCUAAAUUUUAAAAAAAUAGUAAUAAUUUUGUUUCAAGGGUGACUUCAGCACCUUUUGUGGUACUAUGUGUUGUUAUGAUCAACCAGCAGGAAUAGUGACACCGCAAAAAAUCACUUCGUGAAGCUGGCAGUGCGUCCCCCUCGGACAGCCCUGUGGUGCCAGCAAGGUGAGACACCUUUGGCGGAUCUAGUGUGGUUUGUUGGUUCACUGUCGCCAUCACAGACCAAUGGGAGCAAGAAACUCCUGGAAAAGGGUGUUCUGCAAUGUUUUCUCCCAGACUCCAGUAACAACCGCCACGAUCGUUUGUCAUAUGUCCCAGCUAACUGCUGGUUCAUUCCAGGAACCAAGACAUGCCAGCCUGAGUCAAGCGUGACAAUACCUGUCUAUGAAGCUCCCCUCCUUUCUGUCUGUUCAGUGAACAAAAGUGCAAGAGUGAUUGUGUGAACCCUUGCCCUCAACGCGGGUCCUUCGACGAUUUUGGAUGCCCUGAUUGGAUGAAGGUGUGA